CUGACGUUGUGUAGAUGGGGAUGCUGUGAGCUGGUUAGCAGAUCAGGGGAUGUUACAAUAUGUGGCAUAAUGCUGACAGAUGGGAUAUAUGACACUGAGAUGUGAUAUCACGCUGGAAGAAAGGACUUAUAAGACAAAGAUGUGAUAUAAUGCUGAGAAAAGGGAUAUAACAGACAGAUGUGAUCUUAUGCCCGAGAGAAGGGAUAUAUAACACAGAUAUAUGUUAUAAUGCUGAGAAAUUGUAUAUGUAUGACACACAGAUGUGAUACCGCUGACAGAAUGGUUUUAUAAGACAAACAUGUGACAUAACGCUGAGAAAAGAGAUAUAACAGACAGAUGUGAUCUAAUGUGGAGAGAAGGGAUAUAUAACACAGAGAUGACAGUUCUCAGAAGGGAAUAUGUGAGAAGUUAUUUGUAUAAACACAAAAAUGUGACGUAAAUCUUAGAGCAGGAAUAUGAUUGAAUGCUAAGAGAUGACAUCCAUGACAGAGACGUGUCAUAACAAUCAAUAAAUGGCUAUAACAGACAGAGGUGUGAGGUAACAGCAAGACAACGGAUAUAACACAGUAUAUUACAAUGCUGAGACAGAGAUUAGAUAUUCCACUCAGCGAAGGAGCAGCAGAGAACGUGAGACACCACUGAAUGAAAGGAUAUAACAGAUGUGGUAUAACACUGAAAGAACAGAUAUAACAGAUGUGGUAUAACACUGAAAGAAUGGAUAUAACAAAGGAAAGAAGAAUAUAUACAGAUGUAUGCAGAGACAGACAAGGUCUAUCACUCCAUCACUUCACAGUACCACAACUAAUGAUGAGCUGGCAGGCUGCCAACCAAGAAACCACAGACCUACAGGAUUUGGUUUUGUCUGAUGAUAUUCUUUGAAAUGAGUGACUGCUAUAAGGUGUGAUAUAUCGGGGAAAUCAAGACAAGAUUGACAAUAUUCAGUGACAUGAGAGACUGCUGUAAGGUGUGAUAUCUUGGGAGGAAUAAAAACAAGAUUGACAUUAUUCAGUGACAUGAGAGACUGCUGUAAAGUGUGAUACCUUGGUGGAAUCAAGACAAGAUGAUGAACCCAAGCCAGCCACCAAUGACUCCGGUCUGCUGCCUCUGUCAGACAGUGUUCCAGGAUCCAAAGGUUCUGCCCUGCCUCCAUACAUUCUGUUCAUCAUGCUUACAGAAUCUUGUGACAGGAGAGGUUGGAUUAGGGGAGAUAACUUGUCCUACGUGUGGUUGUCAUGUGACUCUCCCUGUCAGAGGUGUGCCUGGUUUGGUUACAAAUACACAUGUGAAGCGACUCGCAGAUAAUUACUUAAAUGACAUAAUGAAAAGUCUCCACAACGAACACACAGAGACUUCUGAACCAGACGAAGGGUUUGGGGAACAGUCGGAAGUCCAUGUUGGUCACAUGACCAGAUCUGAGACCUGGCAUGGUCAUACAGAUGUCACUCCACAGACCACUGUUGUGCAGUCAAAGUCGCUUGAUGGAGACAAGCAGUCUGGACUUUCCACAGCAGUUUCAAAUCCCGAUGCUACACAAGCGGAAAAACACGAGAAGAAGAAGGAAGCUUGUCGAGUGACAGGCAAACUCACGUCCAAGCUGAUGCACCUGCAGGGCGAGGCUCUGAGGAUUACCUACUCCAUUGAUUCAGUGAACGAGGGAGUUCGUCAGUGGCAGGAGAAGAACAUCGAGAUCAAGGCUAACAUCAUGGACAGGUCCCGGAUGCUGCAGCAUCUCAUCAAAAGACACGAGCAGAAGCUUCUAGCAGAGGUGGACAACCUGGAGAACCAUGAACAGUUCCUCAAUGAAGCUGACAGGACCAAGAACGAGCUGAGGGUGAAUCUGAAACGUGUUCUUAAUGCUGUGGAGUUCCUGAAACAGAUGCAAAACUUUGGGCAGGAUGAGGAGAUUCUGGAGAUGAAGGACUUUCUGCUGGGUGAUCUAAAGAUUUUGUGCGGUGUUGAAACCAACCACAAAGAAUAUAAGUUGAAGGUCCCAACAGUGACAUCAUAUGAGAAUCUUGAUGAUGAGUUUGGCAGUUUGAUCCCUGUUGAGAAGCAAUCUGUUGUGUUUGAGCCUGACACUGGCGAAGGACUAGGUGACAUGAAACUUACACAGCUGGAGAAAGUCAAACAAAUGGAGUUCACGAAAGCCUCAAGUACAAAACUAAGACGAAGAAGAGCCAAGACACAGCAGAUUCGUUUUUCUUCUCCUCAAGGGAGGGAACUGAGGUUCUCAUCACCCCAGAGAAGAGCAACAAGGAUCAUCACCUCCGAGGACAGGGAUCUGGAAGUGGAGAAGACAUCUCCAGAAGAUGAUCCUGACGGCCCUGAGGACAUUAAGGACCUGCAGGAAACUCUGAAACUGAGGAGGAAGGAGCUGUUGGAAGAGAAACACAUGGAGGAUAACAUGGAAAACAUCCAUGAUGUUCACUUGUUCAGUGCCCACAGACGUCCAGCCAGGGAGAAGAAGAGGAGAGUCCAGUCCUUCAGUGGCAGGCCAUCCUCACAGACACGGCUGAUGGAACAGGCUGCAGCAGGAUUAGAAGCUCCCAAUGAAACUGAACAACCCAAGGGACACCAGCAGACAGCCACGCUAGACAAAGCUGGAAGUAUUGACAGCAUAGAAGGGGAGAUAACUGCAGGUCAUGACGAUUCCCAGGAAAAUCCAGCCAAUGAAGACAUGACCAUGAAGUUGAAAUAUCUUCGUGACAACUGGAGACGGAGAAGAGAGAUUCUCAAAUCCAGCGAGAGUUCCCAGACAUCAUUCGAAAAAGCCCCAGGUGAUAUGAGUCCCAUAUCACCUGAUUCUCCUAAAUCACCAGAAGCAAAAGUGGGAACUGAGACCAAGUUCCAGAUGUUCCGAGACCAGCUCAGUUCCAUGAGACAUCACCACAUGCCAAGCGGCAACUCUCCACCACCAACAUCACAACACAUCAGUCCAUCGCGCAGGAUGUCGGACAGUAUGGCCGCUCGCAAAUCUUCAACGGGAUCCAUCCCAGAAGUGUCUGGCGAGAUGGACUUUUUAUCCUCGCACAGUACCUUUGAGAACGGAACAAAUGGCAGGCAGGAUACAGAAGGGCAAGUGUUUGCCACGAACGACAGCGGUCUGACCCGUAGUCGACUGCAGCAACUCCGAGCAAAUGCCAGGAAGAAGAAGGAAAGAUGGAGGUCCCAGACACUGUCAUAGACACUGUCAUCAACACUGCAACAGAGGCAUACAGGUGAUCACAGAGGUGUGGUAUGUCAUGUAAUACUACAACUGACUGGAAAAUUUGGACAUGUACUAAAUCAAAGUACUAACGUAAUGUGUCAUGACAGUCAUACUGGAUACUAUUAAUACUGUGUGUUGCAUAACACAUGUAUACCAUGUCACACAGUGUUGUAGGACAUGGCAUAAACUUUGCAUUUUCUCGGAUAUAAUGUAAAUACCCAACCUUGAUCAUCCAGAACACAAAAUCUCCAUUCUGUGACCUAUUGGCCACCACUGCUCUGAACUAUAGGAACAGAACCAACUGAAGUGGAGGUCGUUUGUGAAUGACGAGAAGGAGUUAAACACAAGGGAUAGAGCAUGGUGAAAAGGCACAUUAUUGUACUGACAGGACAGAAACUGAUAUCUGCUCAUUCUGCAAACUUCAGCUUGUGUGAAAGGCAAGCCUGGACUGCAGAGAAACAUUGGUACUGUAUAAUCUCAUCACUUCAGAAGUUUCCUGUCAUUCAGACAUCAACCACAUGUCACAUACAGUCAUAUGACCUGGUUACACUACUAUUCAUUGUACAUCAUCAAACAUUUUCAUGGAAUUUCAAAUGUGCUAAAAAUGUGUGUACAUACAAAUGCAUGCACCGUCAACUCUCGUUCAGAAUUAAGAAUGAUUUGUACAGAAGGUACAGCAAGGACACCAUGACAUGGGACAAGGAGGUAGUGUUCUGGAACUGGGUGGUUCGUUCCUGUUUUAUUUGUCUCAUAGAUGUCAUGCAGAAAGAAUAAAUGUCCCUUAACUUCUUUUGACUGGUAUAUUUCAGGUCAACAGUUCAGAACAUACCAUUUUGCUCUGAAAGGAGGUAAGGCCAGGCCAAUUUUAUGUCUUGUUUUAUGGAUCCGCCGGUCAUAUUUUUUUAAGAAUAAGGAAAUUUUUUUUUAAAAUUUACCCAC